AUGAUGGAAGUGAAUGAGUGGGUGAAUGAAGACUUUCCCCUCCUGACUGAUGAAAAAUUUGACUUUGACCUUUCGCUGUCUUGUACAAGUGAAAGUGAGGAUGAAGCUUUUGUUGGUUCAGUGGGCCAUAAAGAAAAAUGUAUUGCUGUGUCUCUUGAAGCCCAAGAAGGAACUGAAGAUAAAAUUCUACCCCCACAACAAGUGGAUGAACUAACAUGCAGCCCACUUGCUGAAGAAAAGUUCACGGAGAUUUUUAAAGAGGCUCACCUGAUUGCUCUCCAGCUACAAAUUGCCAGCAAAGCAAAAAGAAACAACAGUGGCCAACUGGAAGAAUGAAAGACAGAGGUUGUUGAAAAAUUCAUACAAGAAUCUAAGUCAAAACUGAAAAUUAUUGAGAAAGGAAUAGUGAUGGAUAAAGACCCAAAGGCGAUUAAGAGAGAGACUUGCUGUGUGUGGGAAAGCCCAGUCUGCCAACUGCCUCCUUCAUUUCAGAAGUGUUCAAGGCAACCAGUCACAGGAAUGUACAACUCUCAUUCUCUAGACAUACCUCUAAACACAUCUAGUCCUAGUGAAAUGGGUAUUUUGCCCCAAGAAUCUGUUUUGCCUCUAGCACAAAGAAAGAGUAAAAAAAAAAACAAUAAAAAACCAAGUGCAUCCCAGACUAUAAAAAAUUCAUCUGCAUUUGGAAAUAGAAAUCUCUUAGCAGCAGGACAGCCAAAACAAGGGAAACUGCCUAGCUGGCCUAGUACUUCCAGCAGGAAUAAUUUGAACAGUAUGGGGUCAUCUGAAGAUCUCCUCUCUGACAAAUCAAGUAUUGCUUCAGAUUCAGGAGAUUGUCAUUCUUUAACAGUGCAAGACAAGAGAGCUCUUCCAACUCCCAGCAAGUUGGGGAUCAAAACAACACAACUGAAACCUCCUAGUAAUAUUUGUAUGCAAAGGAACACUACAUCAUCAUCAUCAUCCUCGCUUUCCAGCAUGAGCUCAAGUUUGAAUUCAAGUCUGUCCAUCUCUCCUAACAGAGGGAAAGGUAGCAAAUCAAAACUGGCGUGA